AUGUAUGAAAAAUUAUGUGAAGCUGUGAUUUAUGAUAAUCCUUCUGACAAAGAAUAUCAAUUUCGUCAAUAUCAUUUUACUCUCCAAGGCUUAGAAAUUUGUGAAUUUGUCAGUUUAUUCUACAUGAAAGAGGAAUGUAGCAUAGGUUAUAAAAAGUUUUACGAAAAUUGCUAUACUAUAGCUUCUAAUAGCAGUAUGAAGAAUUUAUAUGGAAGAAAUUUUCGUCUUUUUGAUGGAAACGGUUUCUUUGCUAAAUACGACCAUAAAGAGUGGAAUUAUAGAUCUUUUUGUGAAUACCUUUCAGACGAAAAUAUUCAAAUUAGUGAUAUACCCCAUGCGUGGAUCUUGAAUCUAGAAUACGUCAAGAAUAAUGUGAAAAAAUAUAGUAUAAAAAAAUAUCAAGUUGAAGAGAUUUUGAGGAAGAAUAAAGACGGGCAAAUUAACAAUUUUAGGAAAUCCCAUUCAUCUUCUUCAUUAACAUCCGAAGAAAAUGACUUAGUAGAUGCACCGUUAUUCGGUGGCGACUCUAUAAAAUUGGCCAACGGUCAAACAAUACGAGAAAUAAUACUCCCUCUCUAUAAUAAAGCAGAGCUGUCUGAUUUACUUAAAAUUGGAAUAAUCUAUUUGGAUCAACAAGUUCAACCUUCAGAUAUUUGCGAAGCAAUCUCCAUACGAAUCGAUGAAGCCAAGCAAAUCAUGAGUAUUGAAGAAGCAAACCGGAUGUUGAAAUCCUGGUAUCAACAGGAUGAUUUAUUUACAUUUAAUUUCGAAUUAUCCAUGCAAAAUUUAAUCCGGAAGUUGGUUGAGAGAAACCUCGGUAUUGGGACUUUAAGCAUUCAGAAAACCAUAAAAGCAGUGCCUUGUUCUUCGACACAUUUAUUGAUUUAUUCUACGAUAAACUCUAUUCGUGAAUUGCUUGCUAAUAAAGAUAGACGAAAUUGUUCAAAAACUCGAAACGAUAAAUUAGCGCGAGCAAUGAUUCCGGAUAUUACCAUUUCCAAUUUAAAACAUAAUGUCGAAUUUUUUAUUAUCGAAAAUGGCAAACUUCAAUCUAUCGAUGAUAAAAAGAAAGUACUCAAUGAUACUUUUAAAUCCUGCACGCUUUUACACGAUAUACUACGAAAAAUCCACAAUGAAAUAACAUUUCAUGAUGCACAAUCAGUGAAAAUCUUUGAAACUUUUAAAGUGUUUGCGAUAGUAAUUUCUGCUGGAAAAGAGCUUUAUGUUUUCCAAAAAAUUGCCGAGUGCUCGUUGCCCACAAGAGUGCAGAAUUGCGACCUUCUAAAUAAAACCAUCACUACUUUAAUUAAACUGCGAAUUCUCUCAAAUAAAAAUUUUGUCAUUUACGAUUCUUUGCAUCAACAAUCAAGGUCGACGUCUCCCCCUCAGCUUAUAAAGCUAACAAGGGAUGUUGGAAUGUCACCAUAUAGCAUUAUUAAAAAAGCGCAGAGCAAGAAUAGAUCAAAAAGAAAAAAAACCCCGAAUUCAAAUUCAACUAACGAUAUUGAACAAUCGGAAGAUUAA